AUGGACACCCCCUCCCUGGUUCGCUUGGUAGCGCCCGCUUUGUCAGCGCGCUGCGCUCGCCGGUUACCCUCCAGCUCCAGCCGGCCCGCGGCAGACAGCGCCUCCGCUUCACAGCAGCCGCAGCUUCGUUCGCGCCGUCUCGGGCUCGUCUGCCUGCGACCUUCCCCCGGGCCGCGGCUGGUAGAGAAGGAGCCCCGGAGCCUCUGCUCGGACGGCCCCAAGAGUCUGCUGGGCUCGCCCGCCUCGGCGGGGCCCGCAGGUCGGUGGGGCGCGCGAGGGGCCGCGGCGGUUUUGGCGGCGGCGCCCGGCAUGUAUCAGAGCCCGCGGCGGCUCUGCUCCGCCCUGCUGCAGAGGGACGCGCCCGGCCUGCGCCGCCCGCCCGGCCCGCCGCCACCGCCGCGCUGCCUCUCGCCCACGGCCGCCCCGCGGCUCCCGUCCCCCCGGCUCCUGGCGGCGGCUUCGGCGGCCCGCGAGGUCGCGAGGUCGUGCUCCCGAACAGUGUAUCCCAUGGGAAACGGCACGAGCAGGCUCUACAGUGCUCUCGCCAAGACACUCAACAGCAGCGCGGCGUCCCAGCACCCGGAGUACCUGGUGGCCCCUGACCCAGAGCACCUGGAGCCCAUCGACCCCAAAGAGCUUCUGGAGGAAUGCAGGGCUGUCCUGCACACCCGGCCCCCGCGGUUCCAGAGGGACUUUGUGGCUCUGCCGGCCGAUUGCCCCAGUAGCCACCCUCCCAUUAGGGUCAUGCAGUGGAACAUCCUUGCCCAAGCGCUUGGAGAAGGCAAAGACAACUUUGUCCAGUGCCCUAUCGAAGCCCUCAAGUGGGAAGAAAGGAAGUGUCUGAUCCUGGAAGAGAUCCUCGCCUACCAGCCUGAUAUCCUGUGCCUCCAAGAGGUGGACCACUACUUCGACACCUUCCAGCCCCUCCUCAGUAGACUGGGCUAUCAGGGCACCUUCUUCCCCAAGCCCUGGUCGCCCUGUCUGGAUGUGGAGCACAACAAUGGACCCGACGGCUGUGCCUUGUUCUUCCUCCAAAACCGAUUCAAGCUGGUCAACAGUGCCAACAUCCGGCUGACGGCCAUGACGCUGAAGACCAACCAGGUGGCCAUUGCCCAGACCCUGGAGUGCAAGGAGUCCAGCCGCCAGUUCUGCAUCGCCGUCACCCACCUGAAGGCACGCACCGGCUGGGAGCGAUUUCGAUCAGCUCAAGGCUGUGACCUCCUCCAAAACCUGCAGGCCAUCACCCAAGGGGCCAAGAUUCCCCUGAUUGUUUGUGGAGACUUCAACGCAGAGCCCACAGAGGAGGUCUACAAGCACUUUGCUUCCUCCAGCCUCAAUCUGAACAGCGCCUACAAGCUGCUGAGCGCUGACGGGCAGUCGGAACCUCCGUACACGACCUGGAAGAUCCGGACCUCAGGCGAGUGCCGGCACACGCUCGAUUAUAUCUGGUACUCCAGGCAGGCGCUCAGCGUGCGGUCAGCCCUGGACCUGCUCACCGAGGAGCAGAUUGGACCCAACCGGCUACCGUCCUUCAAUUACCCUUCAGACCACCUGUCCCUAGUGUGUGACUUCAGCUUUAACGAGGAACCUUGAUGGACAUUUACAAAUCCUUGUCUGUGUCUUUUUAAUCGCAGGAGUCUUAACCAGGGAUGUUUCAGGAAACUGAAAUAGAAUAAGCUGACUGAGGAAGGGUUCCCAGUUUCUUCCACUUGUUUCCAGCAUGCCCUUGGGAAGGAACCCCGUUAGCUCACAUUAAAACCUACAGUGAAAAAGGUUUUUGCACUCCAGUAUUGCUUUGCAUUGUUUUCUUUCCCUUAGGAUUAAUUAUAUGUUGAUCAUUUAAGGGCAUUAUAUUAGGCUUGUUUUGAAGAUUUUUCUGUUAGAGUAUACUAUAUUAAAAUAGUAGACUUGCUUGAGUCUCCUAUGAUUAACAAGUAUGCAGGAACAGUGUCUCUAGACAACAUUUCAAGUUAUUUAUUUGUGUUUUUUAAUAUCAAGUUAUG